AUGAAUGACUUGUUCGAGGGAGAUGACUUGGAAACAGACGUGACGCCCCUUGGCGAGAAUGUCAGCGUUACUGACUUUUUGGGAGAAGGAGGCGUAAUUAGCCUUCAGGACGUUGACAAGGACUUGGAGGAGUUCCAGGACCAUGAUGUAAUCAAAGGUAUCCUUGAGCAGGGUCGUGUCGUAAAGGAGUACGCCCGGGAUAUCGAUGACAAGCUGCGGACGGUUGAGCUUGAGUCCAUCCAGGACUACAUCCAGGAGAGCGACAACAUGGUUGAACUGCACAAUCAGAUCAAGAUGUGCGAUUCCAUCUUGUCGGGAAUUGAGCAGCUGCUGGGCAGGUUUCAGUCGGAGCUGGGCAAGGUGGGUGAGGAGAUCCGGCAGCUUCAAGUUCAGUCGCAGUCCAUGGGCACCAAGCUCCGAAACCGACGGGCGGCUGAGGCCCAGCUGGGCUCCUUCAUCGAGCAGCUGCUGAUCAGCGAUGAGCUGGUCACGUCCAUCAUGGACCACGAAGUGAAUGAGGAGUUCAUGGAGCCCUUGCUGGCGUUGGAUCGCAAACUCAACUUCCUGCGGGACGACCCGGUGGCGCGGGGGUCGCUGGCCAAGCGCGACGUGGAGAGCGCUCUGGAGAAGCUGCGCAUCAAGGCGGUUACCAAGGUUCGCGACUUCAUGAUGAACAAGGUCUACCAGCUGAAACGGCCCAAGACCAACGUGCAGAUCAUCCAGCAGUCCGUGUUGCUCAAGUACAAGUACUUUAUGCGCUUCCUGAGGGCGCACGGACCGGACGUGUACACGGAGAUUCGCAACGAGUACGUGUCCGUGCUGUCCCGCAUCCUGGCCUCGCACUUCCGCACCUACCAGAGCGCCAUGGAGAAGAUGCAGGCGGCGGUGGCUGGGGCCACAGACGUGUUGGGGGCGCCGGAGGGGGGCGGAGGGGGGGCCGGAAUUACGGCGUUGUUCGGAAAGGGGACUGCACGGGCGACCACGGUGAGGCGCGCGCGUGCCACAUUCAGCCUGGGUGAGCGGGCAGCUAUCCUGGACCAGUUGGAUAAGCCACCCAUCAUCCCGCACCAGGCUGAGGACGCGGGGCAGAAGUACCCCUACGAGGUCAUCUUCCGCAACGUGCACAAGCUGCUCUUGGAUACGGCCACCUCGGAGUACCUCUUCUGCUGCGACUUCUUCGACGAGGACGAGGGGCUGCCCGUGUUCCGAGACAUGUUUGCGCCUGUGGUGGGGGUGGUGGAGGGAGACCUGGUGCAGAGCCUGCAGAGCAUUGGCGACCUGGUUUGCAUCUUGUUGAUGAUCCGCAUCAACCACGACCACCGCAAGCUCAUGAUGCGGCGCCGGGUGCCCACCCUGGACGACUACCUGGACCGGGUGCACCUGCUGCUGUGGCCGCGGUUCAAGCUUCUGUUCGACGGACAGCUUCAGUCCAUCCGCCCCGGUGUGGAGCGCUCCCUGUUCCUGGACUCCACGGGGGCACACUUCGUGACGAGGAGGUACGCGGCGCUGUCGUCAUCCAUGCUCGUGCUUAUGGCGGGGUACGACAGCAGCGAUCCAGGCGUGUUCAAGGCUCAAUCCUUCGUGGACACGAUGGAGCGAAUGUGGCAGGCAAUGCACGACCUGCUGUUGAGAAUGUCCAAUCUGUUCAAGGAUCGACGAACCGGCAUCAUCUUCCUGAUCGUGCAGUACAAUCACAUACACAUCGCACUGCGUGCAGCGGCAGCCGGCAGCGUUGUCGGGGCCGGAGCCGACCAGCUGGCGUCCUGCACGGGUCUGUUUGUUGACGACCAGCUGUCGGUCCACUUCCGCGACCUGGUGGACUGGGUCAAGAAGGCGGAGCAGGCGGCCAAGCGCAGCGGGGUGCCGGAGGGACAACACAUACCGGGAUACGCACCCGCACAGGCGGCGCCCAUUCUUAGGGACUUUGCCGUCCGCUGGAAGGAUGCCAUCAAGUCGAUGCACCUGGAGGUGGCGGCUCAGUUCGCGGAGACCAGCUGCGGAAGGGACGUGCUGCAGGCGUCCAUGACCUCGCUGCUCAAGUACUACACACGGUGGGUCGGUCUGCUCAAGCGGCAGGGCGCCGACGGACUGACGCUGGUGCGCGAGGCCGUCAACGUGCCGUCUAUCAUGUACGAGAUCAAGCGCGUCACCACGUCGUAG